UCAGCAAAUCCUCGAUGUUUCAAAGGAAAAUCUCGGUGUCAAUUACGAAGCGAACAAAAAGGCAUGGAUGACCGCUAACACUGACAUUCAUUUCGAUGAUACGAUCGAGACAGAGGCAGUAAUUAUCGACAAAAAAGAAAUUAUAGAAGAGAUACUCCACACGUCUAAUUCUGAUAGUUAUAAUGAAGGCAGCGACAUUGAGAUCGAAAAAAUUUCUCAUUCUGUAGCAUUGGAACAAUGCAAAUUACUUCUGCAGUAUGUAGAACAGCAAGACCCGCCAAAUUCGUAG